CUGAUGGUGAGCCCAGACAGCGACGGCGGCGCUCCAGAGUCACAACACUUUUCCCAAGAUGGCAGCGUCACCAUCCUCCUUACGCGUCUACAGAGGAAUACUCAAAGAAUUGCGGGCCAUGCAAGGGCAACAUUACAAGCGGUCACUAGCGUACAAUUACGUUACGGAUCAGUUUCGAAAAAAUCAGGUGACAGGAGAGAGGUACUGCCGCGCCCAGCAGGAGGCGUUCCAUGCCUCACAAACAUACCUGUGCCUGCUGGCAUCCUCAAGGAACCACAAAGCCUUGCACAACCUUUACCACGGAAAGGGAGAACGCGGCCCAGAUGAGGUGGCGGGCCUGGUGGGGCUGAGGUUGCCCACUCAGCCCGGUGGUAAAGGCUGGGAGAAGUGAAAGCGGCGUGAGGCGUAAGGCUGGAAGAAUGAUGCCUCACAAACAGCAACCUCCAAAGGGAUACGUGUUCGUCUGAAUGAGUAAAGGCUGUGUGGACUCUACCUGUGUUCCAGGGAGGAAAUAUGUGUGGAAAAGUACAUUCUGAAUAGAUGCACCCUACAGUUAAUGUAGCUCUGCUUUUGCUCUGGUCAUGCAGAUCUUUUUAAAUGUUCAAAAGCAAGGGCAGACAUUCACAAGAACUGUUCCGUUUUGAUUUAUGUCUCUAUUAAACUAUUCAUCACUUAA